UGUGGACAACACCGCUGUUUCGUGGUGCGGUUUCUGUGUAAUAGUACUUCCGGUGUAGGUUCCGGGGGCAAUUUCGUGAAUUUAGUAACACAUAAACCGAGUUGACUGAUAUUUGGACUAUUCAUUAAAGUGCAGCGGGUUUGCUGUACCUGAAGCCAAACAUGGAUAUCCCAAAUCCCCCCGAAGAUCAAGAACUGAAGAAUGUCAUUGACAAGCUGGCGCAGUUUGUCGCUCGGAACGGGCCAGAGUUUGAAAAGAUGACAAUGGAGAAACAGAAGGACAACCCUAAGUUCUCCUUUCUCUUUGGGGGAGACUACUUCAGCUACUACAAGUGCAAGCUCGCUAUAGAGCAACAGCAGCAUCCCUCUACCCAAGAUGGGGAAGAGUAUAUAUCUGAAGAAAUGUACAACCCGGGUGCCAAAGACGCGGUUGAUAUCCCUCCAUCGAUGCCGAUGAUUGCUCCGCCUCCCAUUCCUCCACCUGCCGUGCCCUCUAUGGAUGAUCUCAUCCAACAGAGCCUAUGGAAUCUGCAGCAACAGGAGCAGCAUAUGCACACACUCAGACAGGAACAAGUGACUGCAGCCAUAUCUCUGGCAAUGGAGCAGCAGACCCAAAAAAUGCUGCUGGAAACUCAGUUGGACAUCACAGAGUUUGACAACCUCCUGCAGCCCAUUAUAGACACCUGCACCAAAGACGCCAUCUCUGGCGGUAAAAACUGGAUGUUCAACAACGCCAAGUCUCCACUGCACUGUGAACUGAUGACAUCACAUCUUCGCAACCGCAUCAUUGCUGAUGGAGCGCAUUUUGAGCUCCGCCUACAUCUCAUCUAUUUAACCAAUGACGUUCUCCAUCACUGCCAGCGGAAGCAGCAGAAGGAUUUGUUGGCAGCGCUGCAGAAAGUUGUGGUUCCCAUCUAUUGCACCAGCUUUCUGGCUGUAGAGGAAGAAAAGCAGCAGAAGAUCACCAGGUUGUUGCAGCUGUGGGAGAAGAACGGUUACUUUGAUGAGGAAACCAUUCAGCAGCUCCAGAAUCCAGCACUGGGGCUCGGCCAGUACCAAGCGUCUCUGAUAACAGAGUAUGCUGUGGCGGUGCAGCCAAUCCAGCUGGCCUUCCAGCAGCAGAUUCAGGCUUUGAAGACACAGCACGAUGAGUUUGUUUCCAGCCUGAAGCAGCAGCCACAGCCUGCCCCUGUAGCGCCGCUAGCUACCCCUGCUGAGCCUGAAAAGGCCCCACCUAUGACCACAAAAGCUGGGGAUGUGAAGCCUCCCAUGUCGGGUCCUCCUCCAGGGGACUUUGAUGGACCCUCAUCCAGACCACAGGACCCCAGCAACCCCAGUGGACCCUCAGAUAUCCCCUCUAACAAACCUGGGUGGUAUGACCCUCAGCACAUAGGCCCCUGGAACCCCAACCAGCCGCCUCCUUUUGACCCAAACCAGCCCCCCCCUCCCUGCCCUCCCUGGAACAGCCAUGAGGGGAUGUGGAAUGACCAGAGGGACCCAGGAAACUGGAGCGGGGGUCCACCCAGAGAAGGAGGCCCCUGGAGCGGUCCAGGUGGGUCUGACCCAGGCCCUCCUUCUUGGAACUCAUAUGAACAGCAGCCACCAUGGGGGAACCAGCCUGAUCAACCUCCAUGGGGUCAGAGGGAGCCCCCAUUUCCUCCACGCAUGCAGAGACCUCCCCAUUUCAGAGGGCCUUUCCCUCCUCACCAGCAGCCACCUCCUUUCAACCAGCCUCCACCACCGCACAGUUUCGGACGCUUCCCGCCACGCUUUAUGCAGGACGACUUCCCUCCCAGACACCACUAUGACCGGCCGCCGUACACCCCGCACCGCUUCGACUACGCUCAGGGAGAAUAUCCCGGAGCUGAGUGCAGAGACAUACCAGGUCCUCCCCCCCACCACCAUCCCAGUCAGAGGCUCCCUCCCCCAGGUAUGGGGGCCGAACAUCCUCCCUGGGGUGGAGGCCAGCACCCGGAUUUUGGCCCACCCCCACACGGCUUCAACGGCCAUUCCCCCCACAUGCGUCAUCGCCAGCAUCCAGUCCAGGACGACCCCAGUCUGGUGCCUAACGUACCAUACUUUGACCUACCUGCUGGUUUAAUGGCUCCUCUGGUCAAACUGGAGGACUGUGAUUACAAACCUCUGGACCCCAAAGAUAUCCGGUUGCCCCCUCCCAUGCCACCCAGCGAUCGCCUGCUAGCUGCUGUGGAAGCUUUCUACAGCCCUCCAUCCCAUGAUCGGCCAAGGAACAGUGAAGGCUGGGAGCAGAACGGCUUGUACGAGUUCUUCAGGGCCAAGUUUAGAGCCAGGCGGAAAAAGGGACAGGAGAAACGCAACAGUGUCCGUGGAGGCAGUCGCUCCAGAAGUCACAGCCGAGGGAGAUCUUCGUCUCGCUCCAGCUCUCGCUCCUCAAAGUCCUCCAGGUCGAGGUCCCGCUCGUCUCGCUCCCACUCCCGCAGCCGCUCUCGCUCCUACUCACGCUCCAGGUCCAGGAGUAGAUCCAGGUCCUCUCGGAGUCGCUCUGGCUCCAGAUCCCGUUCCCAUUCACCCGCCAAGAAACAACAUGGCCCCAAAUCCCAGAGCUCCUCCCCUCCCUCCACAUCAGUGAUUGGUGUCCCUCCCUCCAAACCAAUAUCAGAUAUGAGGUUAGGGGAGGAGAAUAAGGGCCAUCAGCUGCUAAUGAAGAUGGGCUGGAGUGGUUCAGGUGGUUUGGGGGCCAAAGAACAGGGCAUCCAGGACCCCAUCAAAGGAGGAGACAUCAGGGAUAAGUGGGACCAGUACAAAGGUGUGGGGGUGUCCCUGGACGACCCUUAUGAGAACUAUCGCAGGAACAAGAGCUACAACUUUGUUGCACGGAUGAAGGCACGAGAGGAAGUUAAUCGUGAACCAUCUGAGGCCCCUCCAGCUGAGUGAUGUCAUCAAAUAGCGUCAAACAACUCCUCAUCUCCCCUGUCACCGCCUCCACCAAGGAUCUGAGUUUCACUGUCAGUUUUUAAUCCUGAAUAGAUAGAUGGAUGGAUUAAUGUUCUUUUUUGACCACAAACGGACAUUAUUUUGAUACUUAUUUUCAUGGAAGUAGUCAUUCUAUGGCAAUGUGAGUCUGUCAUUUUGUUUUAGUAUUAUAAUGAAUCCCACAAAACAAAAAGUCAUGAAUAUGAAAUCAGCAUUUUUUUCUCUAGAAAGGCACUGUUGAUACAUAACCUAAC